AUGGAGUUCGCCGACUACCCGGGGCUCAAUGCAGACCUAGCAGCAGAUUUCCAUGCGCGGCACUUCACCAGGCGGGACACGCACAUGUUCUCGGACCAUCUGGGACAGAUGCCACACUUCAACCCUGCCGCCCUAGCUGGUCUGGCCGUCGACGUCAAGCCGCGCUUGACAAAGGAACAGCACGAUGUACUCGAGAAUGAAUUCAGAAAGCAAGCAAAGCCCAACACAAACACUAAGAAGAGGUUCGCCGAGGUCUUGGGUGUGUCAUUAGACAAGGUCAACAACUGGUUCCAGAACCGUAGAGCAAAGUCGAAGCAGGAUGCNCAAAAGGCUGCCGGUGCUUUCAACAUGUUGCAAGCGCAGCAACAACAACAGCAGCAGCAAGGCCAACAGCAGCAGCAGAACUUCGUCGGCAUCAACCCAAUGGGUGGAAUGAACAGCAUGCCUGGCGACCAGCCCUUNUGCAUGCCUAAUCUGUACAAUGGUGUCCGGGACAACUCCAUCAUUGACGGCUCAAUGUCCAACGGCCUAGGAAUCAGCCAGCCUGAAAGCACUUUUGCAUCGCUUGACCAGAUCACAUCACAACCCAUGCGCCACCAGGCGUCAACACAAUCUCUAGCCUCCCAGCACUCAGUGCAAUCUGGAUCGCUCUCCGAAGCCAACAACAGACACACUCUGACCCAAGCUCAGUUCGAUGCUUACUCGCAGCCAAGUUUCGCCAACAUGUCGGCAGCUGAUACAAACAACGCCUUGAACUCGACUGCUAAUGGCGAUUUCUACUCGGAAUUUUGCGAUUUCUCAUUCGACCCUCAGUCUGUUGACCCAUUGACUUCCCCCNNUCCCAUGCAAUCCAACGAAAGCAUCGAUUCUUUUGCUCCUGAUGUGGUGCCUGAUUUCAAGCCGUCCGACAACCAGCUACGUAACGCUUCAUCGAGUUCUGAGGGAUCUGCUCCUUCAUUAACCAUCUCGCCAGCAGCAGAGGAUAAGGAAGACACAUUCGACAUGAACUUGCCAAGCGAGGAUAAACCCUCGCAAGCCACUGUGACGUCUCCUCAAUGGCAGCCUGGGCAGUCUGUUCCCGUGGAAAUGGACAAUCUCCGCAAGGAGUUCCAGGAGGCUGCUAUGCGUCGUGACUUCUCUGUCCAAUCAAUCCCUGAUCCCAGCGAGUACCUCGAUGCACCCAUGGCUUUCCCUGGUGACGACUACAACCGCCGCGAAUCUUCAACGGUCCAGCUUGCUCGUUCGAUGCAAAGCUUCACCAUGGCUUCCCAACGCUCAGCCAUGCCCUCAUCCAGCAUCGCUGCGCGCCGACAGCGUCCUCGCCCUGCUCCUUUGGGCACCACUAGUGCGAGCACGCGUAGCACUUCUUACUGCGGCACACUACCCACAUCUCCAGGUGCCGUUGGUGGCAAUCACGCCGUCGGAGGCCACAGUCUUCGUCGUAUCAAGUCGUCGCAAGCCAUGAACGGCAUUGCUGGUGGCCGCAUUCAGAAGAACAUUGGUUCCGCUCAGCGAUCGCCUUCUGGCUACACCACNUUUGCCGAGGCCAACAAUGCCCGAUUCGGUCGCCGUGUUUCCUCGUUUUCUCCUGCCUAUGCCAGUCUUGCUGCAUCGAACGUUAGUCUCGCUCCUCCGACUCCGCUGUCUCCUACCAAGACAGCAAAGACACUCCGUCAGAUGCAAUCUCAACCUAUGCUCAGACAGACGAGCUUGCCUGAGGGCGAUGAGAACUACAUAUUCUCUGGCAUGAACUUCUCCCCACCCUCAACGCCUCUCUACGGUGGUCAAUUCAUCCGCAGCCGUAUGGGAAGUCUGGCGGUCCCUGCUGACAACACCCCUCCUCAAUCCGCCCCGGCAACUCAGCAAUGUUUCCCUAGUGGUGCUUUCAGCCCGCCUCACAUGUCGGCAAUGCCCAUGGUUCAGUCGCAGGUCAAUCCCCAAGGUUUCCUUGGUAUGCUGCCUAAUGAGUACCCUCAGAUGCACAAUGUCAUGUUCCCUGCUCAGCAACAGCAAAGUCAAUACAUGGAUACGCAGAUGUCGUACAUCAUGACAAACACAGGCGAGGUCAUCUCUGGUUACCCUGUUAUGCCUCCNUUUGCUCAAGGCCAUAUGCAGCAAGCGACACCUCCUCAUCAGCAGCAACCUUUCCUGCCAUCUUCAAGUCUCAGCCCUAAUGUCCUUGGCUCUUCGCAGGUUCCGAAGCAUGUCAACCCUGGAGCCGAUUUUUUCGUUCAUGAAUAUUCACCUCCGCGCGAUGUGAAGCAAUCCAACACUCCUCGCAAAGCCGUCGAGACUGGACCUAAAAACUACACCUUUUCCAACCAUGGACCCGAAUACUUCGAGAAGCACGCCAAACANAAAGGUAGUUCUAGCCCUGCCUCAUCUUCUUGUGAAUCGGCUGCGGCAUGA